AGAUUGUGAUGGAGAAAGGGGGUCUGUAAAACGUCAGGCGCGGCACAAAAGCUUUGCCACGUAAUUACUGGCUCCUAUUAAGUGGAGAUCUGCCCUCCCUGGGGUCUCCAAUUUUCUUGUAUUCCCUACAAAGCCUCCUCUGCAUGCCAGUUUGUGCCUUUUGAAGUGCCAGAGAGCUUCUUGAUCCAACUGGGAAGGAAAAGGGGAGUUCAGCAAGAAGAGGGGGAGAGAGAGAAGGGAAAGGGGGAAACCCACCGCUACCCUCCUUCCUUCGGACUCCUGAAGCCCUUUUUUUUACUCCUUACGAAAAGUAAAGUGAGAAUCCUGCUCUCCAAUACAUCUGCAAGACAUCACCCUCUCCUCCUGAAACCUUAGUCACUCCUGAGAAUCCACAGGAGUGCCGAAAGGGGGGAACACGUUUUCUUGAAGAUGUUUUAAAGCUGGAACAAGCCUUCUUCUGUUGGUGCUUGAACUCUUGCCUGGGAAUAACUUUUUUAACCUUUGAAAAAAACCACCCCACUUUGAUUCUUCUCUUCGACCCCGUCUUCUCUCUUCUUCUGUUUGCCUAACUCCCCCGCCCUGCUGGCCUCUCCUGUCCUCUCUCCUCCUCAUUAUUAUUUUUAGUGUGUGCGUGUGGACGCUUUGGGAGAGCUGGAAGGAAUUUUUUCUCCUGACUUGAACAUAGGGUGACUUCUUAGUUCUAUUUUUUGGUGCGGAUUAUCCCUUUGGACCGCGUCGGACUUGUCGCGGCUGCUGGUGCAGAACGCUCAGCUCUUCAGAAGGGGGUCCCCCGCCCUCUUUCCCACUUUUUUUUUUUUUUGGAACCUUCCCCCUCCUUCUUUCUCGCUCUCUCUUCCCCUCUCCCUCUCAUUCUCCUUCUCUCUCUCUCCACUCCCCCCCUCUCUCAUCCCCACUCGGUUCCUCUCCCCCCUCUCGCCCACUGUGUUUGGUGUUGAUUCGAGCGGGAAGAGGGGGGUGGGUGGGAUCGGAGGGGGAGACCAUGACCUCCAGCUACGGGCACGUUCUGGAGCGGCAGCCGGCUCUGGGCGGCCGCUUGGAUAGCCCGGGCAACCUCGACACCCUGCAGGCAAAAAAGAACUUCUCGGUCAGUCACCUGCUAGACCUGGAGGAGGCCAGGGACAUGGUGGCGGCGCAGGCGGACGAGAGCGUGGGCGAGGCGGGUCGGAGCCUGCUGGAGUCGCCGGGACUCACCAGCGGCAGCGACACCCCGCAGCAGGACAAUGAUCAGCUGAACUCAGAGGAGAAGAAGAAGAGAAAGCAGAGGAGGAACAGGACCACCUUCAACAGCAGCCAGCUUCAGGCUUUGGAGCGUGUCUUCGAGAGGACACACUAUCCUGAUGCUUUUGUGCGAGAAGACCUGGCCCGCAGGGUGAACCUCACUGAGGCCAGAGUGCAGGUGUGGUUUCAGAACCGAAGAGCGAAAUUCCGCAGGAACGAGAGAGCCAUGCUGGCCAAUAAAAAUGCUUCCCUCCUAAAAUCCUACUCAGGGGACGUGACUGCUGUGGAGCAGCCCAUCGUACCUCGUCCUGCUCCGAGACCCACGGAUUAUCUCUCCUGGGGGACAGCCUCUCCGUACAGCGCCAUGGCUACUUAUUCUGCCACGUGUGCCAACAAUAGCCCUGCACAGGGCAUCAACAUGGCCAACAGCAUUGCCAACCUGAGACUGAAGGCCAAGGAAUAUAGUUUACAGAGGAACCAGGUGCCAACAGUCAACUGAGGAAAAAAUAAAUAAAUAAAACAGGCCUAAGAAGAAAUCAAAAACCAUAAGACACCUAUCCUGCUCUGUCAUUUCUUCAUCUGCUGGGGAAAAAAUAAAAAUAAACAAACAAAAACCAGAACUAAAAUAUUGGGACCAUGGCAGAGAAAAGCAGGAGAGGAGCAAAAUGAAAAUUAGUUAACAAAUGUUCCUCCUCCCUCUGGGAUACCACCGCCACUUGUUGCUCUGUGUGUUUAUUUUGUUUUUCUUCCAUUCUGCUUUGCUUAAUAUACUCUGAGCUUUUUCAGUUAGGUCCAGCCCACCCAUGCCCUUGGUUGUCUGAGAUUUAAAAACAAAACAAAACCCUGCAGCAACCAAAGAAAUCAUAUACAAGUAUAUAUAUAAUUACAAGGUACAGUAAGUCCCUGGGUUAUGAAUUUUGGAUUUAUGUUGUACUUGUCCUUUAACGUUAUGUAAAUGUGUCCUGACUUUGAAACUAUUAAACCGAUUCUUAUUCAAACAAAAAAUUCUUUGUCACAUUCACCUUCACUUGCUGCAUGUUCAGCAUUUAAAUCAUUGAAAAGUUUCGAGUUGUUUCCUUGCACUAAAAAUCCCAAACCUACUGGCUGCACUGAUUCUCACCCAUAGGGCACUAUCGAGGAUUUCUGAGAUGGUAGAUUUGGGGAGGAGCAGACAGUCUCACCCUUCUCCCUCAGAAGGUGGGUGCAUUUAAACUGCCAACCUUACCCUUAGCAGUCCAGAGCCUGGUCCACAGUGCCACCAGGCCUCCUUUUCUUGCACUAUAAAGUAAGGCGAAAUAAGAUCCUUAUGCACCCCUUCUGACUUACUUACCAAUUGGACUUAAUGACUCAUUAGGAACUGGUUUUCUCUAUGUCCCAGGGAGUGCCUGGACUCAGAAUAAGUGCCUAGACUCUUGUUGACCUGCUUGAACCUCAGUGAGUUUCGCUGCCUUUCUUCCCAAUUCACUGCACGUACGUUCUGGGAGCUUUCAUAAAACCAACAUCUUUCUCCAAAACAGCUGUGCCAGGCAUGAUUCCCUUUCUCGUUGUCUCCAUCUCUGUUAGUUAUGAUAAGGUAUUUGUACAACAUCUGCUUACUAGUUAUCUGAUCCAAUAUGACUGGUUGUCUCUGGCUAAUUCUAAGCUACAAACUAUAGAUCCAGUCUCUAGAUAUAAGCUAUAGAUUAAGCUCUAAGCUAUGUAUUAAAUAUCACCAUUACCACCAUCCCUUUCUCUCCUGUUCCACCGGCCAUCAUAAGUCAGAAAUCUGUGUUGCUUUCAAAUGAGGUGCUGUCACAGGUGAUUUGAUAGAAUAAUUACUUCUUCUUUGAGACAGGAAGAUGAAUUUCUCUAGGGAAGUAAAGACCGAGUUGUAAACAGCAUUGCCUCCAUCUCUUUCGGGCCUUGGGUAAAGAGUAGUCAGAUGCACACUUAUAUAUACAUACUGUAGAUAUUUAUAUAGUUUAAAUAUAUAUAAAAUAUUUUUGUGAGCUUCAAUCUACAGUUUCUCAAAUGCUACAACCCACCACCCUCAAAUUCCACCCUUCCACCACUGUUCUUGUUUCCACAGUGAUGAGACUGAUUGACAUGGAAUCUUGUUUCUUUCUCUGCACAAAAUUCUCAUUAAGUCCACAAGCAAUUGAUAGGUAGGUCAGCUUCUUGAGAACAGGCCUCAUUUUCACAUUAUGCCUUUAAAUGAAUUGGAAAUAUAUAUAUAUAUAUAUUUUGAGUGUCCAUUUGUUAGGAGCCCAAGCUCCGAUGGAAUGAAGAUGUAUCCUGAUGGUGAGAAUUGCACUGAGAGGAAGGAAAGCCAUUUAGCCAUUUGCCUUUUCUCUACCCAACAGGAAAUUGAAAGACACAUGUUUAAGUGGAAUGCUUAAGGUUUGUCUAAAUUCCAAAUAUGCCAAAGGCAAUUGUGGGCUAUUUAAAUAUUUUUUUGACAUUUUGACAUAAAGUUUGGUGUCCUAGUGCUGGGAGCUGGGACAGUUCUUUCGCUCUUUCCUUUUCUUUGUUCCCAGCUGGACUUUUGAUGCUUGCCAAGUAGACUUGACCAAACACAUUACCAUGCUGUGCCUCAGCUUACCUGUUUGUCAAAUGGGUUUAACAAGACUCUACCUACCUCACAGGGGUGUUGUGAGGCUCUAUUCAUUUGCUCCUUUCUUCUUUUCUGUAUUUCCUGUAUACCCAGCACUUUGUAGCCAAGGGAGGGAAGGGACCAUAGAAGUGUACAAUAGCAACACAACAAUACGGUACCUGGUAGCCUUGUUUCCUAGUGAGGACCUGCUACCUUGCUGUAAAUACUUAUAACCUUGUAUUUGGAAAUGAGAAAUAGAUUUAUAUUUACAGAUCUCACCAACGUCACAUCAUCUGACCAAAGAGUAAUUUAAGCCACAUGCAACAAGCAUAUGAUUUUUUUUUACAUAUAGUCUCAUCUGACCAGCUUGGUGCUAUUAAUUUUACUUAUUAGUGAUUUUAAAAAAUGACUCUGGCCAAAUAUGCUUACUUUGUACUGAGUGACAGGCAAGAAAUUUUGGUUUAAAGAUGCACUUUCAUUACAAACUUGUAUUUCCCUUGGCAUAUCAGAUUGAACAAAUGGUAUUGAAAAAAAUUCUAGCAGACACCCAUAUGAAAAUGAACUCCAAAAUGUUACAGAAAUACUCCUCAGAAUAACAAGAAGGAAACUUAUGUAGCACAUUGUGAUUUCAUCAGCUGAUUCCUUCUUUUAACCCACUUUGAAAGCAUUUCUUACUUAAUGGUUCAUCCCGGUUGGUUGAACUACACUUAACACUUGCUUCCUAAGGAGCCCCAUUGGCUCAUUCUUUUGUCCUACUUGCCUCUCUGGAUUAUCAAAUCCCAAACCAGCAGAAUAUCCUAACAGACCGAAGCGUUCUUUGACUUGUGAAAUGAUUGCAGUCCAAGAAAUGCGUGAACUUGGAGACUUGGAGCAUAAGGAGAACAAUAGAAAGGAUCAGGGUUAGUACAGGGAACUGAACUCAUACAUGAGAGGGUUUUCCUAAGAAGGGAGGUCAAGAAGAGGUAGGCAGUGGGUCACAUGAAAAAAAAAGCCACUUAAUGCUUUCCCCACUGUCACAGAAGAGAAAAAUUGUGCCCAUAACCUGAAUGCUAGGUGAAACCGACAAUGAAUGACCAAGUGGAAUCUGGGAGCGUCAUACAUAGAGUAGUCAGUACUGGCCACGCAGUACAAGAGCUUCCAUUAUUGAAGGAACACCCAAGUGUCUAUUAUCUGAGCACUUGAUCAAGAAGCAUACACAUGGUAUAAACACUCAGUUUUGUUCAUUUAGUGUUGGCUUUUUUUUUUAAUGACUUACGUCUCCAUAACAGAUUGGGAGAAGGAGUCAUCGAGCUCCUAAGCCAGGUGUCAGUUGAGGCCCCCAGGUCACAAGUUCAAGGCACAUCCAUAUUCCUUUCCAUCAUGGAGACAGAUACAGAAAACAUCUGUAAACUGUCUCUCUGGGUCCCUAAUCAUUCCCCAAACAAAGAAUUGAUUUGCAAAGUACUUGGCAGGUUCAAUCCAAAAAAGAUGAGGGGAUUAAGAAAAAAAGGGAAUGGCAUUUAGAGUAUAAAGAUCUCAUACGAAAUGCAAUAUGUAAAUUAUAUCUUGCUUUAUGAUGUAAAAUAUACAUUGUUUGCGCUAGAAUAGAAAUUUUUCCUUUUCAAUAAAAAGAAAGAAGGAAAUAA